AUGCAGUCUCAAAGGAUUCCUGGGAGGAAGAGAGGCCGACCCCCACUUCACUCGACACCUAUGAAGAUGACAGUUCAUAACCUUUAUUCUGCUUCACCUGGCUGUUUACCAGCAAUGAAGACCCCAAAGAAAAGAGGGCGGAAGCCAGGGUACAAGCUGAAGUCCCGGGUUCUCAUGACUCCUUUAGCCCUCUCACCUCCACGGAGUACCCCUGAGCCUGACCUCAGCAACAUCCCUCAGGAUGCAGCCACUAUACCCAGCUUGGCAGCCCCACAGGCUCUCACAGUCUGCCUUUACAUCAACAAGCAAGCCGACGCAGGGCCGUACCUGGAGAGGAGGAAGGUGCAGCAGCUCCCUGAGCACUUUGGGCCUGAAAGACCCUCGGCAGUUCUGCAGCAGGCUGUACAAGCAUGCAUUGACUGUGCCCACCAGCAGAAGGUGGUUUUCUCCCUGGUCAAGCAGGGCUACGGUGGUGAGAUGGUAUCAGUCUCGGCUUCCUUUGAUGGAAAACAGCACCUGCGGAGUCUGCCUGUGGUGAAUAGCAUUGGGUAUGUCCUCCGCUUCCUGGCCAAGCUGUGCCGAAGUCUCCUGUGUGAUGACCUCUUCAGUCACCAGCCCUUCCCCAGGGGCUCUAGUGCCUCCGAGAAAGCCCAGGAGAAUGAGGAUGGGAGGACAGAGUCAGCAAAAACGGUUACCACCGAAGAGUGCCUGGUGAAUCCUGCCGGCAUGAACCGCUACAAUGUGGACUCCUCCACCUCCGCCUUUAACCACAGGGGCUCCUUGCACUCCUCCUCCUCGCUGUACUGCAAGAGGCAGAACUCUGGAGACAGUCGCCUUGGGGGAGGCCCCAUCACCAUCACCAGUGGUGUCCGCACAAGCCUCUUGUCCUCUGGAGGCCCCUCGGCAACUGGGCUGAGGCCCCCAGCCUCCAGUCCCAACAGAAAUGGGACCUCUCUUGAAGGAAACAGAUGUGCCUCAAGCCCUUCUCCAGAUGGUCAGGAUGCCAGGAGGCCCAGGAGCAGGAACCCCUCCACCUGGACCGUGGAGGAUGUGGUCUGGUUUGUGAAAGAUGCCGACCCUCAGGCUUUGGGGCCUCACGUGGAGCUCUUCAGAAAGCAUGAGAUUGAUGGCAAUGCUCUGCUAUUGCUGAAGAGUGAUAUGAUCAUGAAAUACCUGGGCCUAAAGCUGGGACCUGCACUGAAACUCUGCUACCAUAUCGAUAAACUGAAGCAAGCCAAGUUCUGA